CAUUCAAGUACAUAAAUUAAUUUUUGUGAAAAUAAUGAAUCGUAAGUGUAAAUGUAAUUACACGUAUGCGCGAAUUUGCGGAAUUAGGCGUGACGAUGACCAGUAUAACAACAAUGAUAUAUAUGUGUGAUAGUAAUUUCGUGACAGUAAUUUAACUAGAAGUUUCUUUUAGGUUCGUUAAUUCUGCUCGUGAAAAUAGAAUUUCCUAUUUGACAAGAGUGGGCUGACUCUUGUACAAAAACUGGCAGCAAGGAUCAAGCAAUCGUCAUACGUUUUCCUGUGUGCGCUUCAAUUAGUUGAUUUAUUAACUCUUUACCUCUAACGAUUAUUUUUAGUGGGAUAAUCAUGAAAAAUUCGUUUAAUGUUAUUACAUUGUUAUUAUGUCUUUUACAUUUUUCUAUCUCGAAGGAGAACGUUAAUAGAAAAGUAAAAAGUUCAAGAACUCAUAGUAAUAGUAAAUUUGGGAAAUAUCCAAGUGGUGGAUUGAUCUCUUUCGAUUCGGAUCAAGAUAAAUUAAGUAUUGAUUGGACAGUAACUAUUCCCUUUAUUUCGAUACCUUUUGAACAUAAAAUAAGGGAGAACGGUGAAAUUCCACCAUUGCUCAAUCUUAACACGAAAUCUGUUGGAAUCGUUGGAUUAAUAACCACAUUGUUUAGCGUAGUUUCUCCAUUAUUCUCAAAACCGCAUCCAGAAUUCAAUUACCGAUCAAUGGAUAAUGGCCAAUGGUUGGAAAUGGGAAAUACUAUCAACGAAAUGAUUUUUGGCAACAAUUACGUGGCUCCAUGUAUGCAACGCAUUGUUUGUUCGAUCGUUUCAGUGGCUACGCAUUCAGAGAAUCCAACGAGUGCGGACAAAAUAAUUGAUGGAUUAUCAAGUCACAAUUGGUUCAAAGACAUGACAAAUGGUACAAUCAUUCAAGAUGCUGUGAUUACUGGACGGAAAGGAAAUCAUGAUUGUGCUUAUACUUAUAAGGAGUGUUUAAUAACACCAAAAUUUCUAAAAACUAUCAUGAACGAAUUUGGAAUAGUAUAACGAUGUAAGAUAUAUUUUUAUUAUAUUAUAUAUUAUAUCGUAUCAAAUAUAAAAAAAAAAAAAUAUUUUUAUA